AAUUACCAAUUUUGUUUCUUCUGCGCCUUGAUUUGAUUGGAAAACAAUCGAAACCACUCUUCGGAAGCUUUUUUUUUCUUUCCAAAGAAAAAAAUGCUCCAACCACAACACAACAGCAGUMGCAACAUCCGAUCUGUGAUUCCUGRUGUCACACAACYGAUCCAGCCGAAGACGAAAAUCAUGAAUGCUGGAAUAAAAGUAUCACCACCACCCAUCACCAAAAAUGAGACGACGGGAAGCUCAUCUAAUGUUCCCUCGGGUUUUAUCUUGAAGCUCUACCAGAUGGUGAACGGGGCUCCGAACGAAGUCAUUUCGGUACGUUGUUUUCAUUGUUUGGCUUGAAAACGAGAUGCACACACUCCUAGAAAAGAAUUGRAUAAGUUUUUCUUUCUCUGGGAUGGCGUGUUCGAYCCUGCUUGGCUGUUUGAUCCUCCUCGAGACAAUGCCGAUCGUUUUCUUUGGGUCCACCAUCCGUCGUUACCAUUUGUUCUUUCGUCGAACCAUGAGUUUUCUKAAGAGUUCGACUCUGGAGUUUUCUCCAAUAAAGUCAGCAUUAAAUAUCCUCCUUCACUGCGRUAGAACAKAKUCGAUGCAUCGCUAUUGAGCCAAAUCGUUCUAAGAAACUAUUCACGAUAGAACAUAAUAUUCACCUUCGGAGACGAGCCGAAUCGAAUUGUUCUUUAGUGAUCGGUGGUAUAUUGUCCUUCUCCCACAAUGCACGCUUUUUCGUUCAUGGCUGGAGGACUCAGACCAGUAUCUAUGGUGUURCAUCUACGAUGUUGCUUCGUCGUCCUACUCGGACAGAAGUCGGAUAGAACCAGUCCAAACGGCUGUCUUCUCGUUGGGGUUCCCCCGAGGAAAAAGAAGCAGCCGAAAUCCCCUGCGUCUCUAGAUCGUAGAUCGCCCCUGAUACAAGCUGGAAGAGGAUGAUGCGCUAUUUUUUUUCAUGCGUGCGGGUUGCCGAUCGGUAUGAAUCUCCAGCAGCAGUUUGUCGAAAAAGAAGCGCGGGCUGCAGAGAAUACUGAAGGGGAGAGAAACAGACCACUUUGAUCCCCCCAAGUUUUUGUUAUGAAAUUGUCCAUAWUUGUCGAUCAYAACAAAAUCCCCCUUUUGUUUCCCCCUUGAACUGCGCACUCAAUUGGAUCUUUCGCACGCGUGCACGAAAUUAGGGUUCGCUUGGCUUCUCCGACCGAUCCUUCUCCAAAGCAAGAUUCUGAGGCUAUGAUUGCUCGUAUUUAACUUCGUUUGGGUUAUGAGAUGAUGUGAUCUUSUUAUCGUCCGUGACUAAAUUUCCCUUUCCCACGAUUAAUUUUUUGACACCUCUCACACUUCGUUCUCAUUUUUUUUGUUUGAACAAUUUUCUCAGUGGACACCCACUGGAGACGCCUUCAUCAUUGGAUCAGACUUGAAUCGCCUCGAAUCCGAGACGCUACCACAAUACUUUCGCCACAAUCGAUUCCAGUCUUUGGUGAGACAGCUCAACUUUUAUUCUUUCCGCAAAAUCAACCGAGAACGCAAUGUUUGGAUUUACAAGCACAACCUAUUCCAUCGUGAUCACCCAGAGGAUCUGUAUCAAGUUCGGCGGAGAACCUGCCCGGGGGUCGAUGGGAGGAAGCAACGAUUCUCUCGGCUAUCGGCKCAGAAACUGAGCAAGAAUAGCGAUUUGGCUGGUACCAGUAGUAGCAAUACUAGCGAUGCGGACAAUGUAGAGAACGAUUCUUCGUCCGAUGAAGAGGAUUCUAUCGAAGAGCAUGAACACCGACAAGGGUUUUUUUCAUCGAAAAGAAGCCAUGUGGAGCAGAUGAGUUCUGCCAAGAAACCACGCAUCUUGCCGCAACCGGAACCUGACUUUGAAGUGGACACAUCGAUCGUAUCGAAUCCAGCUCCAUCACCGACCAGCGUCAAGGCCCUAAUCUUCGAACCCGAGGAAACUGGUGACGACGCGAGCACUGGUGGGAAGAAUGACAAGACCGAACAGAUGCAACAGUCACUAGUAGUCUCUGAGGUCGCCAUAAAGCUUGAGGAGUAUGUCAAAAAAGCGAUGAAGAAGAAAGGCAUAUCGCGUACUCGAAAGGGUGGUUCGGGCAUUGUCACACCACCAUUUGGGUCUUCGUUUACCAUGACAUCCCGUGACUUGAUUACGUACGAUGAUGAGUACAAGCAGGAUACCUACAAAUCGGAUGUGGUUUCAGAUACGGACGAGAAUUCAUCGCAAGGAGGAAGCAAUCAACGCGGGUGCCUCAACAAUGCUGACUCGGAUAAGGAUAUGCUUGUUGCCCCUGUUUUGGAUCUUAACACYGUGAAGCACAUCACCUCCCAAAUWAUCCAGCGCUCAAAUCCUUUUAAUGGAGAAGCCAUGCGCGCCUGUGCCAAUGUCGCUGCGUUUUUCAUGUGCACUGCUCCAAAAGAGGAUCCKGAGCAGAGCAGCACCAAAGUUUUGCAGUUACUAGCUACCUCAAAACAACUCGAGGCAGAGUUUUACUUUUACCGAGCCGCUCUUCAUCCCACUCUAUUUUUAGAUACCUCGCGAUCUCAGGGAAAGGGCUUCACGAAUGCUCAAUCUACCGCAUUGCGCACAUCUCUUACAAGGGGUGCCGAACGGCUCGAAUCUCUUCGUGAAUUCAAGAUCUUUGCUGUCAAUCUGAUCUACAAAUUAAUCAAGAAAACAGGAAGUUUUGCUAACGUCGAAUCCUUGUCGAGCUCCGACAACGCAAUCCUUCUUCACACGGCUGAAGUAUGGUCCAAAAGUGUUGGAAUUGGAGUGUGUUAAAUAUCAACGAAAGGAACAACAAAGCUUGAUCAACCAAUCAAAUAAAGCUAUUGAC